AUGCUGGGAAAUAAUGAGCACUUUUAUCCCGGUCAGGAUGACAAAGAUGGGGAGGAUGAGGAGGAGGAGGAGGAGCAAAGAAGAGAGCGAAGCCAAGACGAAGGUGGACGUGACACCGAGAAUGGAGGACUUGAUGGUCUUGUAGAGAAAGGGAUGACAGGAGGACGACAAUCCUGGGAAGGAAAAGGGGGUGAGGUGGUGAAACCAGCAGCCAUUGUGGUUGGAAGGCAGAGGGUAGAUCGACCAAUGAGGCCUGGCAACCUGGGCACCCGGGGCAUCCCUUACAUGACCAAUCAAGUCCCACCUCAUCAUCAUGCUGCCAAGCAGCAGCAACAUCAUCUAGCAGCAAAGAGACGAGCCCUCAUGGAGCGCAGCAUGACCACUAUGGCCCCGCUGGAGGACACGUUCCUGACCAUGAUGGUGUUCCGUAUAGGAAUUCCUGACAUCAAACAAACAAGGUGUCUGCAGUUUGACCCGGACUGCACCGUGUGGAGUGCCAAGCAGCAGAUCAUCUGCUCCCUCAGCGAGUCCUUGUGGGACGCCUACAACUACGGCCUUUUCCAACCGGCUGGAGAAGGAGCGGACGCCAAGUUCCUGGAGGAGGAGCGACCCCUCCGAGAUUACGCGCGGCCCCUUGAGAAAGGGGUGCCCUACUUGGAGUUUAGGUACAAAACCAGAGUCUAUAAACAAACCAAUCUGGAUGAAAAGGCUCUCACUAAACUCAGCUCAAAGGUCAGUCAAAAGAAGUUUCUGGAUUACAUCCAGACUGGAUCAAUAGACAAAAUGGCAAAAGUCCUCGAUAAAGGUCUUGAUCCAAAUUUUCAUGACCUUGACAUCGGAGAGACCCCACUCUCUGUGGCAAUGCAGUCUGGUUUGUCGGUGGAGGGCAUUAGGCUGCUGAUCCUGGGCGGUGCUCACAUCGACUUCAGAAGCAGAGAUGGGCUGACAGCAGUGCACAAAGCUGUCAGAGCUCAAAACCAUGCUGGGCUGCUGGCUCUUUUGUCCCUCGGAGCAUCUCCAGACUACAAAGACCGCUGUGGCCUGACCCCGCUGUACCACACCGUGCUAACAGGGGGGGACACUUCCUGUUGUGAAACCUUGCUUUAUUACAGGGCAAAGUUGGGGACAAGGGAUGAGAAUGGCUGGGAUGAAUCCCAUCAGAACAGGGAUGAAGAUGAGUUUGGAAUGGAAGAAAUACAUAAGGCCUGCCAGAAUGGUUUUGCACAACACUUGGAGCAUCUGCUCUUUUAUGGGGCAGACACCGCUUCUCAAAAUGCCUCAGGGAACACUGCACUUCACAUUUCAGCCCUCUACAAUAAGGAAAGCUGUGUCCGGGUUCUUCUGUAUAGGGGAGCAAAUAAAGAGGCUAAGAAUAAGCACGGUCAGACUCCUUUUCAGGUAGCUGUGAUGGCUGGUCAUUUUGAACUUGGGGAGAUCAUCAAAAACCACAAGGAUUCUGACAUAGUGCCCUUUUUAGAGUCACCAAAGUUUGUUCCUGUGCGCCAAGAGAGUGCCCACACCCUUCCUCUCCCUUCUCUAAAUUCCCACCCCCUGCUGCGUGCAAAUAGUGAUAACACCAUGACCCAGUCUGAUCCUCUGGCCCUGCCCAUCAAAGCUGCAACCAAUCCCAACCCAGGACAGGGCCAGCGCAGGGCCUCUGUUGGCAUGAGAAGCUCCAGCAGCCCCAGAUCUCGCACACGUUCCCCAUCCAGAGGGAGAGGAGGGCAGAGUGACACAGAGGAGAGGCACCGGCAGCCGAGAGGAAGACAGAGUGCAACCUCAGCAAACAGCGGAGGAGGUCAGAUGAAGCGUAUGUACAGCGCAGUGCCAGGACGGGUGUAUGUGGCCACUCGGGCCCACUCUGCUAGUGGAGACAGGGAGCUCUCGCUAAGCAAAGGGGACAAAGUUAAAGUGUUAAGUGUUGGCGAGGGGGGAUACUGGGAGGGAACGGUGAAAGGACGCACCGGCUGGUUUCCUUCAGAUUGCGUUCAAGAGGUGGCAGUUCCCAACAAAGACAAAGAGAUGCGUAGGGAGAAAACCAAGAGGAAGCUGUUCCGUAACGUCACCGUUGGCGCUUAUGAUGGCACAGAUGGUCCAAGUGACUACAUCAUUAAGGAGAAGACAGUGCUCCUACAGAAGAAAGACAAUGAAGGCUUUGGCUUUGUACUUAGAGGAGCCAAAGCUCAGACUCCCAUAGAGGAGUUCACUCCAACGCCAGCAUUUCCUGCACUGCAGUACCUGGAAUCUGUUGAUGAGGGGGGUGUGGCGUGGAGGGCAGGCCUGAGGAUGGGGGAUUUCCUCAUAGAGGUGAAUGGCCAGAAUGUCGUGAAGGUUGGUCAUCGGCAGGUGGUAAACAUGAUCCGACAGGGCGGAAACAGUCUCAUGGUGAAAGUUGUGAUGGUCGCUCGAAACCCUGAACUGGAGGAUACUACUCGGAAGAGAGCCCCGCAGCAGACUAAAAGACUGACUCCCCCUGCCAUUGCCCUGCGCUCCAAGUCAAUGACAUCAGAGCUAGAAGACAUGGUGGAGAAAGCUGCCUCUCCGUGGAAGAAGAAAGGAGACUACGAUUCCUCUCAGGGUCCUGAUAAGAAGAGGACAGUCUAUCAGAUGGCGUUAAAUAAACUGGAUGAAAUAUUGGCUGCUGCCCAACACACUAUUACAUCAGACAACCAGGGCCAGAGAGGUCAUGGAGGCAAGAGGGACCGGAGCAAGAGUAUUGUUCCCAACAUCCCCACUGAGCAACCCUAUGAGCAGCAGUCAUCAGUAAACAUUGCACAGACUGGACAAGGUUUUGGCUACAACCAGGCUCAUUUUCAACCAGGACAUGGGCCUCAACACCCAGCGAUGAUGCGCCAAAAAUCUAUCGGUGUAACUGAGGAGGAGCGGCAGUACCUCCAUCCACCUGCUAUGAAGUUGGCUCGCAGUUUAUCAGUGCCAGGACCAGAAGACAUCCCCCCACCGCCUAACACAUCUGCACCAGAGCCGCCUUUAUCCGCAGGUCCUCAUCCUGUAAGAGGGCCGGCUAUGCCAAUCCCACCCGUACCGCAAGGCCACUACCAGCCCCAAUCUCAGCCAGGUCAUCCUACUCAAUCUGGCUGGGAGAGGGGUGGACCUGGUGGGAUAAGCCAACAGGUCAUGGUUCCUACCCUCCGCAGGCAAUCCGAAGGAGUGUGCGUCAGAGAGCCAGAGGUGCCUCGAAGAGGUGGUGGCAAGAUGGGAGGGUUAAGGAGAGGCUACAGUAGUGCCACACCACCAACAAGUGCUAAGCCUAAGGCUCAACAGACACAGCAACAUCCCUCACAUGUUUCCAACCGGGAACAGAGUGGAGCGGUUAGCAGAGGAGUGGCAAGGAGAGGUGGUCGGGGGGCUUUAAUGAAGCAAUCAAAAGUGGAAGAUGGACUCAGACAUCGAGGAAAAGGAGGUGUGGCCAAAGAGAAGAGCUCUAUCCCCAUCCCCACUAUCAUUGUCAAAGCGCCCUCCACUAGCAGCAGUGGUCGAAGCAGUCAGGGUAGCAGCAUGGAAGCUGAGCCCUCCCAGGAUGCAGAAAACCAAACAUCUGGAAAUGCAGCCCCAGAAAUCCCCAAUACAAGCCUACCCUCACCACUCACCCCUUUGCCAACUCAGCCCCCUACCUCCACUUCCUUACCUUCAUCAAAUGUUUCAGUCUCUGUUUCUUCACAGCAAAACCUGGAAAACCUGGACCACAUUUCAACAUUUGGUACAGCAACAGGAGGAGUAGGAGCACGCAGGGAAAGAGAACGUUUCAGAGAUAUGAGGAGAAAGAGUGCUUCCUUCUUCCUCUCGUCUGAGGAGGACAUCCAAGGAGAGGCAGGAGGUGGACUAAGAGAUGAAGGAGGAAUACCAGGAGUACAGAUUCAGCCUUUACAAGGCUUGCAUAUGGAAGUGCCCACCCCUCGACUUCGGCCCUCCAAGUCUAUAGAUGAGGGCAUGUUUUCCGCUGACAACUAUGUGAACUAUUCGAGUAGCAUGCCCCCAGCUUUUGGCCUGCCUGAAUAUUCUUCUCCCAUUCUUGGUCUGGACGGCCAGCCCAAGUCAGCUCCCUCAGUGUAUGGCAUCCAGCCUACUACUACUUUCAUUCAUCCACUUACAGGAAAAGUUCUGGACCCUUCAUCUCCACUUGGCUUGGCCCUGGCUGCAAGAGAACGGGCCCUAAAGGAUGACCGCAGGACACGCCGAGAGGAAAGACACUUUGGUCGGCAACUGUCCACAGUUGGAGCCUUUCCUACACCAGUUCAGACCCCAACACCUUCACUUUUUGCAACCCCAACACAAUCAGCGUACACUUCCCCAGUAUCUCUGCACCUAAGCUCCCCUACUGCCACCACCUCACCUGCAUCUCUGAGCCGGCCACAGUCACCAAGAAUAUUACGUUUGGGUGGGGGAGGCGGGGAAAGAAUGGAGAGAGAAAAGGAGGGGGGAUCGAAAGAGGGUCUCAGAGUUCGCUUCUCUGAGGACAGAACCAGUCAGUUUUCAACCCAUUAUUAUCCGCAGAGCAGCAGGGAGAGAGAAAAAGAGGUGUAUGACAGCAGAACUGCUCCACCCAUUCAGCCUCCUCCCCCGCCAGCUCAACCAGCCCCCCGUAGACCUUCCUAUUUGCACAUGGAAAACACUCACAAUACCAGUUAUAUUCCUCAGUACACUGUCCCUACAGCCCCAUCACAGGCAAAUGACAAUAUUGGAGAAGCAAGAGCUGGGGCAGGUGGAGGCCUAGGAUUAAUGGUUUUACCUCCACCAGCCCCUUCAAUAGAUAUAGAUGAAGAAUUUGUCUUUGCAGAUCCCUUGCCCCCUCCUCUACAGUUUGCAAAUGGUAAAAAUGAGAGAGGCCAGGAGUUUCAUCAGCACCACCAUCACCAGAGUCAACACUCUUCUUCUGUUGCUCCACCUCCCCCACCCCCACUUCCAUCUUCCAAACCCCCAAAUGUUCCUCACUGCUCUUCACAGGGCUGCGACUCUGCUGCCUCUAGCCUCACGUCAUAUGAUAGUGAGGUGGCCAACCUCACACAGUCAGCUCUCUCUCCAUCAUAUCCAUCCCCACAGAUAUUUCCCUCCUCUUCUACGACCUCCACCUCCACCAAUUCAAAUGCUACUCUGCCUGCCAUGUCACUGCACAGGCCCCAGCCCUUGUCCCAUUCUCACCCCUAUUACAUAAGCUCUAAUGAUCCCUCAAUAGGUAUUCACACUUCAGCACAGGACAGAGGUGCCACCGCCCUCACCACCACUAUGACCUAUGCUACCACCACCAUGACAGCAACUGCUGCAGCCACAACCACCACAACUUCUCCACCAUCCUCUGAUUACAGUAUGACCAUGCCUAAGGCUGGCUUUGGCACAGGGGGGAAAGCUACUGAUCAGACUCAUCACAGUACAGUUUUACCCAAGGGUGGAGAAUGGCAAGAUGGUGUGGUGGAUUCUGGGAUUGAGGAGCUGGAUAGUCAUAGCAGUAGUGAUCAUCAUUUAGAAAUACUGGGGCUGAGUGGGUUGAAAGGAGAAAGAGGAGGAGUAGGGGGAGAUGGGCGAGGAGGAAAAGGAGAGAAAGACUUUGAACACCAGGAUUCUUGCACAGCCUACUCGGGAGGGCAAACUUUUGAGGUGCACAACACCAGAGUGGUAAAUCCUGUGUUUCCAAAGAUGAGUCAUUACAAAGAAGGGGGGGGGAGGGCCCCACCUAUAGCGUUACGUAGACAGAGCAGCACCAACCCUGCUCCUUUGCAACUACAAAGACAAAAUAACCCAGAAGAUGUUGGUUUUGGUGGAACUCUUGUAGAUGAGAACAAGCACAACCAGAGUCGAUCCAAAGUUGAAGAUGGGUUUAGCUCCACUCUGGCUGCCUGCUUUGAGAGGCCCAUAGAGCGAUCAAUGGUAUGGACGGAGAUUGGGGAACAUGAUCAAGGUGCAGUUCAAAGGGGGGGCAUCGUUUUGGAAAACAGAAGACUUAAUUCACCUCUUUCCGGUGUGAAAGCCAGCAUCAUCAAUGAGCUAAGUUCCAAGCUGCAACAGAUGAGUAGCAUGAAGAGCAUGGAUGACUGGAGCCGUGCUCCAAAGUCACCCACCAUGCAUAGGUAUUCUGCAGAUUACACUGAUGCAUUUCACAGCCCUCCCACUGGCCGCUCCACCUCUCCACUGCCGACCUCCUCCCCACAGCAUCAUCCGAUUCUGACACCCAACAUCUCGGCCUCCCCCUCCGUCUCACCUUCUUCUCAAGUCCCAGUUCAACGCAACUGGACCCGAUCACCUUCUCCACAGAUGCCUACAUCCCCAGUGCUCGCUCAUCCUCCCCAUUCUCCAACUUACUGCCCAUACCCAACAUCACCUAAGCACAGGUCCAAGAUGCGCAGACAGACUUUUGAUUUUCAAUGCAGUCCCACUAAAGAGAAGCGGUCUUUGGUCGGCAGGCGAAGGGCUCCCAGCCCUCUCAUUUAUAAUACAGAACAGUCCAACCCCACCCCUCCUAGACCUUCUUCUCUUCCUAUCCUUCCCUCUACACCUGUCUACAACAGUCCCUUUGAGUUUCCUUCUCACUUCACUCCUCCAUCUCCUGGCCUCCCUUUAGGAGACACGUACCAGGCUUCAACUCCUCCACUAUUCUCUCCGUCUGGUGUCCCAAGUUCAAACCCCCUGCUUGUCUCACGCUCUCUUUCCCCCAAUCCUUUUCUCUCUGGAGCCUCGUCCCCCAUGCAUUUACCACCCAGCCCUUCGUGUCUCAACUAUCCCCACCUCAACGCUCCUCCACCAGCUAAACCAUUUGCCAUCAAACCUCUACCCUACUGGACCAAGUACGAUGUGGCCGACUGGUUGGUUUAUCUAAAUCUCGGAGAACACAGAGAACGUUUUAUAGAUAAUGAAAUAGAUGGAUCUCAUCUGCCUUCACUUACUAAGGAUGACUUCUUGGACCUGGGAGUGACACGUGUAGGACAUCGAAUGAACAUCGAGCGGGCACUCAAGAAACUCACUGACAGGCGUCUCUCCUCUCCUUUGCAUGUCACUACUUCUCCCUGAGACCCAGACUGAAAGAAUGAAGGGGGGUGAUACAAAGAUGAAAGAAAGGGAGGAAAAAAAUGACAAAGAUGAACAUUUACAGAAGAUUUGCAAGAAAAGAACAGUGGAUAUCAGCAUGUUGUUGUGUAACUAAAAUUAAGAGGUAGAUAUGUGGGGGAACACAUUCACUUGGAAGUUUGUUUUAUGUGUAGAUUACUUUGGUGAAAUUUUGUGGAAUGGUGUGAUGAAAGUUUUAAUUUCUUAGAUGAUGCUCUUCAGCUGAAAAUAUAAUUUAGAAAACUUUUGAUAGACAAGCGUUGAAUUAAUGCACUGUUUUGUGCUGUAAAAGCAUAAACACGCAUCCACAUUUGCACUCAUGUUUUCAUGGAUACUGACAGAUGGAUUCUCACACCAUCUGCUGCUUAGCAGCAAGGACAAAACUUCAGCCUAAGUUUAAAGGAGAUCUGAUUGAUGCUCAAGCCCAAUUAGAUGUUAUUUACAGGUAAAAGAAGGACAUGAAGGCCACAUCAUAACCUCAGUUUUGUAGCUUUAAGCUGAUCAGAGUGUCAAAUGGCUGUGAGUACUGGAAGUUAGAUUGAGGCUGUGACUGAAAUGGUCUGUUUGUAAAUGAUGAUAGAAACAAAGUGAUAGACAACAAUAGUACUGUUUUUAUGUAUUUGCUGUAUUCCCUCAAAGGAUGCCCCCAAUAAGCUUUGUAUGUUUGUACUUUGCGAGCGCUCAAUAUAUCUUACAUGUUUAACUGGUUACACUAUUAGUAGGACCAUUUGUUUUGUACUAAGUGCUGAUAGCAAUCAUUGAUAUCAAACUGGUCAGGGUAUUUAUAACUGUUGAAAUCACGUUGUGAAUAAUGACAGAACACAGAUAUUGACAAAAUCUUGUCGUGAAAUGAACCCCCACCCCCCGAUUAUAAUGCAUAAAAGCAAAGAGGAAAUAUUGGAGCAAAAUUGCAAGAUAGCAAGUCAUUUUGCAGCAUCUUUAGUAAGAAUUUAUUGCUGUUUGUGGUCAUAGUGCAGGUCGAGGGACGCGUCCCCCCUCUUUAAGGCCUUAAUAUUGACCUCUCUUUUUCACAUAACAGGUUCAGUGAUCAACAAGGGCUUUUUACUGCUUCUCUGUCUGCCUGAAUUCCUCAACCUCCUGCCUCUGUGAGUCACCAUGUUUGAUUACGUGCGUGUGGUUUUGUAGCUUGCGUUGGUAGCUAAAUGCUCCCCCUGACCUAAAAUUUUCUCUCUAAUGGCUUUUGCAAAAAUUUAUGCUGCUCAGAAAAUAGUUUAGUUGGUUUAUUUUUUGUUUGUUUGUUUUGUUUUUCUCACCAGCUGACAAUCCCAUUGUUCCACACAUUAACCCAUUAAAAGGAAUGCCCUGACCCACUUAAAAAUCAACUUUUUCUAUUAUAACCUUAAAAUACUGUAUCUGUUACAUAUAGAUGAACAUAAAUUUAUUUUAACAUAUCAGUGCAGCCAUUCCCUGCAGUGAAUUCAUCCGUGGGACAAGAAAUAUAUAUCAUUUAUAGUUCUGUAUGUAAUGAAGAUGAUAAUAAUGAUAACACAAAUAUAACAUAAUAAACAUUAUAUUAUUCAGUAUGUAAACACUUUUAAGAAUCUCUGUCUUCCAACUAGUGUGGGCAAAUUCUUUAAUGCUUUGUUUUGUUUUACAUUUUAAUUUUGGGUUUUCUGUAAAUGCUUUCUAUACUGCUCGGCUCGUGGUGACCCAAGUGAAGUUGACAUGCUAGUUUAUGGACAUUUUUCUUAUGUGAGUAUCAAACUAUGACUCUGUGUGCUCAUGUUGAGUUGCCUCAAUGCUUUUUAUUGAUGGACACAAAUCUGAGAGGUGAAUGAACUGAGCAGUAGUGUAGAAAGCAUUACAUACUAUAAAUUCAAAGAGUAUUUUAGGUCUAGUGAAAUGCAUUAUAAAUAUGGCAACAUAAAGUAUGAGCCUAAGUAUGAAGAGAUUAAAGGUUUAUAUAUAUACAUAUAUAUAAAUGAAUAUAUAUAAAUAUAUGUAUAUAUACAUAUAAUUUUGUUUUGAAUAAAAUGCAGUAAAUACUGAUAAUAUGA